AUGCAAUGCUCAAAUCAAAAUGUCAACGCGGUAGAUGCAUCCUCCCAAGCACAACCCAUUCUUUCAAGUCAAAAAGAGCGUGUUUCAGGGGUGGUAGAUUUAAGAAAAUUUCUUGAAUCGAUAGCUCACAUGAGAAGUAAUGAAGAGAAAACCACUUAUUGCUUUGAAACGCUUGAGGCAUUAGAUGCCAACAAAGAUGAUAUAUUUGAAUAUAUGAAUACUGUCUUUAAAAUUCUCAAAAGCAACCCAGCUUGGUGGAAGGAUAAAUACACUGAAGAGACUCUCGACAAUCAACUUCUAUACAUUCGCCUAGGGAUAGAGCAAAACAUACCUCGGAUUCGCAAGCGUCGCUUAGAAAGAAUUAAUUAUAUAAAAGCUAGAUGGUCGAAGUAUGAAGGAGGAUCAAGGAAUGGAAAGCGACUGCAAGGAUCAGAUUGUGAGAGGGCGAUAAACAUUGAAGAGGCCCGGAGACAUCCUAAAUCAAUGUAUGAAAAUCUACAAUUGAGCAGGAAUCUAUCAACAGGGUUAUAUGGCGAUAUGAUUGAAACCCACUUUCAAGAUGAAUCAAUGAAUAUCUCUGCCAAUAUUCUUGAUGGUACAACUCUGUUAGAGGGAAAUGGUUUAUAUUUACAACCAAACACACCACAUAUUGAAGGUGCAUCAGAGCUAUUCCAUAUUCGAGGGAUGAACGGAACUGAGCCUAUCAGCAUUGACACCAGACUCAAUGACUCUCUCGAGAAUUAUCAAGAAACACUAGAUUUGACGCGGAAGCGAAUGAGCUUUCACCUUCUAUUGAUACUGACUCGGAUGAUAUCUUUUCGUCAAAAGAUUGAUACGUUAUACCGGACGCAUAAAUGGCGCCGUAUGCCACAAAACGUUCUCAACGAUGUUAUGAUUAUGCUCAAUGUUACCAUUAGAAACCUGACGCGAGUUUGUUCAAGGCAUCAACGGAAAAUAGCUGUUCUGUCUGGCCUCAAAGUCAAAUACUGUAAACAGGCCGAGUUGAACGAUAGAAUGAAAGCUUUAAAUACGGCACGUCUCAACGGUGAAGAAGCUGUAAAGGCACUCAAGAUCGGCGAGGCGAGUGGUUGGUUUUCAGAUUUACAUAGAGUACACCAAGAGUGUGAUGCUUUGGGACAUUAUAAAUUUGCUAAGCAUGCAAGCUGGCCUCCCAGGACCAUCCAAGAACGACUUUUCGACAAUGAUUUUCUGAAAAGGACGCUUUCAUUUUUAUUAUCGUCGGAUGUUACAAGAGAAGACAGUUGGGAUUCUGAUGCUGCUAUUUGCACCUGGGAUGAGAAGGGAUCUGUGAAUAUCCCAAUAUUCAAAUGGUGGUGGGUGGCAAAUGAUGGAGAAGUAGCUCGCAUUGUAGAUGAAGAUCUGGAGAUGUAUAAACAUCACGCUCGACAAGAUUUUCAUGGAAAUGAAAACAAAGGCUGGCUCCCAACAGCUUUUCAUUCUAUAGCACAGCAGCUAGUAUCACAAGAUCCAUUACAUUACGCGACUUAUACAGCCUUAAGACCGGAUCAUUGGACGAGCUUAUUGUCAUACCCUAGUUAUGCGAAAUACUCCGAGUUUGAUGAAGAUCAUCCUACAACAGGUGGUUUUGAACAUAUUGAUCAAAAUGUGAGCAAGCUUUUGAAGGGGGAAUUUAACAUAAAUGCUCAAGUCCAAGGCUCCGUUAGUCUCGAUGACGAAGCUCCUCAAAACAGUACUAAGAUCGUUCCUGGCUUUCACAAACCCGGGGUUCUCGCAAAUUGGUGGGCAGGAAUACCUGAAGAGUACAGAAAAAGCGGUGCUGUGACACGCAUCCCAACUAUAUCGACCCCGCGACUCAACUGGGAAACGGUACCCUGUCUCCACGGCGAAGCGCGCUUUACCAUGCCCCAAAUCCCCCACGGUGCUCAACCCCGCUAUCCUGGUGUGCCCAAACGCCGCACCAUUCUCCCCUGGAUGUCCCGCGUUGCGGAAGACCACAUGACGCUUCCGAAUACGGAUUAUGGGGCGGGGACAGUGCAAGAUGUUACGUUGGCGCGAGUAGCGUGUAUGCCACCUAAAGCGACACAGAGCGGGAAACCGAUUUUCAAUUCGCGUAUUCCGUAUAGAUUUCCGGGGUGUGUGAGAUUGGAUUCGUUGGGGGCAUUGUCGGAUGCGCUGCUGGGAUUGAGAAGGUGGGAUGCGCCGGAGGUGGUGGAGGAGCAGGAGAUUCUUUUUGGGGAGGAUAGAGAGAGGGCGAGGAAGUUCAUUGAGGAGUGGAGGGAGAAUGCUACGAGGGCUGCGAAGAAGGCAUUUGAGAUUGGGAAGAAGACGGAAAUGAGAAUUUUUGGCCCGGAUUCAUAUUGGAAUAAUAAGUAG